AUGACAUCAAUAUUCCGUGUACUGAUCAGUGGGCCAGCGGGCAGUGGAAAACGCACUGUUGCAAAGAUGUUAGUUAGGGAAUUCGAUGAGUUUGCUCAUUUUUCGGCCGGUGAUUUCAUUAGGGAUCAUAUACAACGAGGCACAGAAUUCGGACAACGGGCAGCGGCGUUCGUGCGGAAAGGAGAACUGGUCCCCGACAGUAUCCUGAACGGAUUGCUCGUAGAACAAGUGCGACGUGCUGGAAAGAAAGUGAUUUUAGAUGGUUAUCCCCGUUCAUUAACGCAGGUAAAAAUGGUUGAGGAAGUAGCUCCUCUGAAUCUUGUGGCUGAGCUGAAGGUUCCAAAGAAAAUCCUCAUUGACCGACUGUCGAAACAGUUAGUACAUCCGGCUUCAGGGAGAACGUAUAAUUUGGACUUCAAUCCUCCCAAGGUUGAGGGAAAGGACGACGUUACUGGUGAACCGUUGCUUCGGCGAGAGGAUGAUGUGGCAGAAGUAGUUAGGAGAAGAAUAGAGGUUCACGAUAAAACAGAGAGCAAAGUCGUUGACUAUUACAGGAACCAUGGAGUCUGCAUAACGCUAAACGGGGAAAGCUCUGAUGCUGUGUUCCAUGCCGUCUCAGAAGCCAUGACUGAAAUGAUGAAGAAACACAGUGAAAUAUAA